AUGUCUGAGUUCAAAGAAAUCAUUAACGAGAUCAUAAAUGAUGCACCACCAGGGGAGACCCAGGAAGUGUAUGCUGACUUACUCAAGAUCACUUCCGAGGCCAACGCUGACACUGUCCUGGAAUGCAUAGAAUCCCGUAACGUCAAGACCGUGACCAGAGUGUUUAUCCCUGAACUGGAUCAAUUCUCCUUGGUUAGUGAGUUCAAUGCCGAUAAGGAUGAGAGAGCCAAGUUUUGGGACCCUGUCGCCAUGUGCAGGUUUGCUGUGGAUCAUUUACAUUUGAAAGCUGUGGAUGUGGAAUUGGACGUACAGGAGAAGGCUUUGAAUGAUGCUCAAGGUAAGCUUUACGAAGACUUGAAGAAGUAUGUGACGGGAGCAUAUCCUAAUGAUGUGGCUACCGUGGGUGUGUUCCCUCAGGAGGAAGAAGAGGAUGUGAUUAGGAUUUGCAUUGUGGCGGAGAAGUUAAAUCCUGCUAAUUACUGGAAUGGUUCAUGGAAAUCGAAAUAUCAUUAUAACGUGAAGGAGGAGACGUUGGAAGGGGAAAUUAAUGUAUACGUCCAUUAUUUCGAAGAUGGGAACGUGAAUUUCCAAUCUGGUAAAGAAGUUAAAUUGCAAGGCUCCGAUGUGGUUCAAUUAAUUAAGGAGGUGGAAACUCAAUUUGAAAAUGAAUUGAUGACUUCAUUCACAGAUUUGAAUGAGAAGCAAUUCAAGAAUUUGAGAAGAAGAUUACCCAUUACUAGAUCCAAAGUUAAUUGGGGGAAAGCCAUUGGUAAUUAUAGAUUGGGUAGAGAUGCAGCUCAAGGGUUAUGA